AUGAGUAGUACUUUCUGGAGAUGUACGUCAGGUUGUAAUACGACCUCCCAGUCUUUGAGUUCAGUAAACUACAUAUGUACAGGAGCAAGCGUAGCUGAGGAUUGGGAACAAGGGGAGAGGACCUUUGACUAUACAUUUCCAGGAGAAGGUCCUUUCGUCGUUGAAUUUGCAAGUUGUUGCUGGAUAAGUUUGGACUAUGGGACGUCUGCUGGAUCCUGGUCAAUUCGAACAGUCGUUAAUUUGGCCAGUAGGAGUGAUAUCCAGCAACCUAACACCAGUCCUGUCACAACAGGGAAGCCAAUGUACACACUACAGUAUGGUUGUCGGCUUGCCUUACAAAUUCCAGUAGCAGAUGCUGAUGGUGAUAUUUUAAGAUGUCGUUGGUCCACAGGGUCAGAGUGUGUAUCCGUCUGUUCCGCUCUCCCUUACGCCAGCUUAGAUAGAGAGACAUGCACGAUAUCCUUUCCAUCAAAUCACACCGUGAAUGGCACAUAUGCUGUAGCUGUAACUGUAGAAGACUUUCCCCGCUCAAAUAUUACUAUUGGUGGGACGACGUAUACUCCAUCAGACCCAAUGACGGCAAUUCAUCUCCAGUUUCUAGUCAGGACUGCUAGUUUGUCAGGUGGUUGUGAUGAGCGACCUGUUUUUGUCAAUAGCACUCCUCCAGAGGGUACCAUUUUUAACCUUUUGACGGGACAAACGUUACAAAUCUCGUUUUACAUCGCUAGCAAUCAAACAAUAACAAGAGUUGAUGUUACCUCACCAGCUGGGAUGACGUAUACUUCUCCCAUGCCAUACCCAGGACGACCAGGGGUUUUCUUUAUAAACACAACAUGGACACCAACAGCACUACAGAUCGGUUCACAUAUUCUCUGUGCCUUAGCAGAGGAUAACAAUGGAAAAGCAAGUGAUUCUCGUUGUGUUGAAAUAAGAGUUACAGAUAUAAGCCCCUGUUUAUAUGAACCUUGUCUGAAUAAUGGGACAUGCAUUCGCCUAGGAAUGACUCAAAACUUCACGUGUAGCUGUAUUUCUGGGUACACCGACAGAAUAUGUCAAACAGAAAUUGAUGAGUGUGCUAGCCAACCAUGCCUGAAUAACGGGACAUGUACAGAUUUUAUUAAUUCGUUUUCCUGCUUUUGUCAUCCUGGAUUUACUGGUGCUAAUUGCGAAACAGACAUAAACGAGUGUGCAAGUUUUCCUUGUCUUAAUGGUGGCUCGUGUGUAGAUCAGAUAAACCUUUACCAAUGCGCAUGUGCUGCGGGCUUUGGAGGAUACAACUGUGAAAUUGACAUAGAUGAAUGUGAAACAGACCCAUGUAUAUUCCUGUUUGAUUGCUUUGAUGGGCUAAAUGAUCGAACUUGUAAACUCAACGAAUUCAAAUUGGCAGCAAUAGUAACAGCAUUAGCACUUACUGCUGGAAUCAUUAUAUUCCUCGUCUGUAAAAACAAGAAGAAAUACAAGGAAGUGGACCACUCAUGGCUAUCUAGCUACUUAGAUGUUCGAAAACCUGACUCUCAGCCAAAACUUGUAUACCAGCCAAAGUCGGUCCAGAAUUUAAAACAACCUAGUUCAGGGAAGAGCAAUAUGCCAAUUAAAUCCUGUUUACGAAUAAACCACUAUUGAUGAGAUGGCAGGACACGAAGGAGAAAAACAUCUUUUCGAUACAAAGAGACAAAAGAGGAUUCGUGUUAAUAUUACAAACCAGUUCGAUCUCUAAAAACCUUAACGGUAUUCUUAAAAAGAGAUUGCAAAAGUCCUUAUUUAAACAAAAGGGGGGGGGGGCAGAAGUUCUAAAGGAGAAGUAUUUGGCUACCUAGAGGCGCUCAAGGAAGUAAAAUACUGGCAGUUAGAACUUGUAGUGGCAUUACACCCCCUGUCUGCGAGAUGAACUAUGUCAAAAUGCAGGAAAAGCAUGUAAACAUGCAAGAUAAUUAUGUCUUUAUCAACA